GAGCUUUGGGCCUGUGACUCAUUUGUCUAUUUCCUCUCAAUCAAUAUACUUCCAGACUCUACCCCACUAUACAUAGAUAUUGUCACAAUGUGCCCCGGUGCAGACAACGAGCCCAAUGGGCACACAGCCGUUGCCAAUGGCUCCGGUAAGGAUGAAAGAUGCCCAUUGCUUUAAGACUUGACUGACGUUUGCCUGAAGGUGACCACCCUGGUUUCACUGCUGUUGAGACACGCCAGAACCCCCACCCUUCAGCCUCCCGGAAUCCCUACGGCCACAACGUCGGUGUGACCGACUUCCUUAGCAAUGUCUCCCGCUUCCAAAUUAUCGAGAGUACCCUCCGUGAGGGUGAGCAGUUCGCCAACGCUUUCUUCGAUACCGAGAAGAAGAUUGAGAUAGCCAAGGCUUUGGAUGAUUUCGGCGUCGACUAUAUCGAACUCACCAGCCCUUGUGCAUCCGAGCAGUCGAGACGUGACUGCGAGGCCAUCUGCAAGCUCGGCUUGAAGGCCAAGAUCCUUACUCACAUUCGUUGCCACAUGGACGACGCCCGCGUUGCCGUCGAGACUGGUGUUGAUGGAGUUGAUGUCGUCAUUGGAACUUCGUCCUACCUUCGCGAGCACUCCCAUGGCAAGGAUAUGACCUACAUCAAGAACGCUGCUAUUGAAGUCAUUGAAUACGUCAAGUCCAAGGGCAUCGAGAUCCGAUUCUCUAGCGAGGACUCUUUCCGUUCUGACCUCGUCGACCUCCUGUCCAUCUACUCCGCCGUUGACAAGGUCGGUGUGAACCGUGUUGGUAUUGCUGAUACCGUCGGCUGCGCUUCUCCUCGCCAGGUCUACGAACUCGUUCGUGUCCUUAGAGGUGUUGUUGGCUGCGAUAUUGAGACCCAUUUCCACAACGACACUGGCUGCGCCAUUGCCAACGCUUACUGUGCCCUGGAGGCUGGUGCCACUCACAUCGAUACGUCCGUUCUGGGCAUCGGUGAGCGUAACGGCAUCACCCCUCUUGGUGGUCUCAUGGCCCGUAUGAUGGUUGCCGACCCUACCUACGUCAAGAGCAAGUACAAGCUGGAGAAGCUUAAGGAUAUUGAAGAUCUCGUCGCCGAAGCGGUUGAGGUUAACAUUCCUUUCAACAACUACAUUACUGGUUUCUGCGCUUUCACUCACAAGGCUGGUAUCCAUGCCAAGGCCAUUCUGAACAACCCCAGCACCUACGAGAUCAUCAACCCUGCCGACUUCGGCAUGACCAGAUACGUUCACUUUGCCUCUCGUUUGACUGGCUGGAACGCUAUCAAGUCUCGUGCUCAGCAGCUCAAUAUCGAGAUGACCGACACCCAAUACAAGGAGUGCACAGCUAAGAUCAAGGCUCUUGCUGAUAUCCGUCCCAUUGCUGUGGACGAUGCCGACAGUAUCAUCCGUGCUUACUACCGUAACCUCAAGUCGGGUGAGAACAAGCCUCUUCUUGAUCUGACGGCUGAUGAGCAGGUUCAGUUUGCUGCCAAGGAGAAGGAGCUUGCCGCUGCCGCUACUGCUGGUCUCCCUGCCUAAAAAAAUUACUCUUAUUUAUUCCCUAUUGUGUCUUUUAUUUCCCCUUUGCAUGUCAAAAUUUCCUUUUUGGACUAAAAGGCCCCGUGUUUUAGAACGUUCGUAUUUCUCAGCGACUUCCGACAAGGAAGAUGUGGUCUUUCAUGAUUCGAUGUUUGUUUAUUUGUCUCGGGCUCCAUUAUUAUCGGGUGUUCAAAAGUCUUGUCCCUGGAAAUGAAAAAGGAAGGUGAGACUGGUGUUAGGAACGCAAUUGGUCUCUCGGGAAAUUUGUAUAUAACCUGCAGACUUGAAUGACUGCAUUUUUUCCCCUUUGAUACACUCAACGUGAAACAGAUUUUAAUAUCUUUGGUGAUUUGUGUCUCAAGUAGCUGUUCGGACCUCGGAUGUUGAACUAGUAUCUAACAACUUCGUAUACUACUGUAUAGCUGCAACGUAUCUUGCGACUCAGUCCUUUCCGAUUUCCUAAUGCGGAUUAUUAUGCUCUGCCUCACUGCAACAAUCGAUGUUUUACAAUUUCUAAAGGUAGUCGUUGAUGAUACGGUACGGGCGCACAUAUGUUUCGAUAGUACGUUGAGAGAUACUGAAAAUACUCCAAGAUUACUCUAACCUGCUCUGAGGGUAAAACGUACUAGACUAAGUAUGAAAAUUAUACAAGCAAAUAUAAACCUGGGGAACUAAAAUAUGCAAUGCAACGUUGGAAGAGCAUGUGCGGCACCAGCCGAGGCAUUAUUCAUCGGCAUUCUUAAC